AUGUCGCUCAAACAAGAGAUUGAGACAUGGGUUCGGGCAUUAGAGCAUUAUGAUUACAACGAAUACGACGCUGCUCUUCGAGCAUUCAUGACAGUGGCAGACACCUCAAAAAUACUCUUCAAUUGUGCCGUGAUACAUGCGACACUAGGAGAGCAUACCCAAGCUGUUCACUGUUAUCAGAGAGCAAUCCACUUUGAUCAAUACAUGGCGAUAGCCUAUUUUCAGCAGGGUGUUUCAAACUUCCUUCUAGGUGAUUUUGAAGAGGCUCUUGCCAAUUUCAACGACACAUUGCUCUACCUCCGUGGAAACAGGUGGAUUGACUAUGAUCAGCUGGGUCUCAAAUUCAAACUUCAUUCUUGCGAGGCACUCUUCAACCGCGGCCUUUGCUACAUCUAUCUUCAGCAACGGAGUGCUGGCCUCCAAGACCUGUUUUAUGCUUCGAAGGAGAAGGCCGUACCAGAUCACGAUGUCAUUGAUGAAGCAAUACGUGAAAAAGCCGAGGGCUACACCGUGUUCUCGAUACCAGUUGGCAUACUCUACAGGCCAAAUGAGGCGAAAGUCAAGAAUAUCAAGUCAAAAAACUACCUCGGCACAUCGACACUUGUCCGCGCCCAAGAUCGUUCGAAUCAGGUUUAUCUGGAUUCUCACCGUAACUUGACUGCAGCCAGCUUUGCUGUGGAUGAUCGUCCUGAGGAAAAGCUCUCUUAUGCAGCCAUCAAUCUUGUAAGACCGGGAUUGGCAAGUCGUUCGCGUCAACAAUCAGAACCACCUAUUCACAGGAACAUGUUUCCGCCGACACCUCCACCAGAAGCUGAACGGACGACAACGACGAAUCCGAAGCGUAAAUCUUCAGAGAGCACGGCAAGUGUACCGAUAGGAAUGCAUCAAAGCCGACCGUCAACAUCAAAACCUGCCAAGCUGGAUCUAGGACUAGCUGCUUUCGAGCACGCGUCCUCAUCAACCACGAGUCUGGUGGUAGAGAAACCACGUUUAGGAACCAAAAGAUCUGCUUCGGAAAGACCGAGAGCACGAGACUUGCAGCCUUCGCGUUCGAGUCCUCCGAGAGUGCGGGAAUAUGACAGACGCUCUGAUUCUCAUCGCAUCGAAGAUGAUGCGCAUGUCUUGCGACCAGAUGUAUAUACGCCAGACACAGUGGCCGCAGCUGUACAACAAGCCCUCUCCGAGCCCGAGAAACUGCAACCGGUAUCUUUUCACCACCAGCGAACCAGAUCAGGAGGACAGUCCUUGCGCGAGUAUCCUCGCUCCAUCGCAGAAGAAGAUGAGAAUAGCGAAGAAGCAAAAGACAAGAUGCCUCCCAGAGAAGACAUCUCUUUGCAAGCUCUUCAAACCACAAUCUCAAACGCACUUCCCUACGAAAUCACCUCUGCUGUUGCACAACCAUCAAUAGUUACUCCUCCUACCCUUCGCAAGAUCCGCGUCAAGGUGUUUGCAGGCGACACACGCUAUGUCAUGAUACAACCCGAUACUUCUUACGACACAUUUUGCGAGCAAAUACGCAAGAAAUUUGGCUUCGCAGCUAAAGAAAGCUUCAAAUUGAAAAUGAAGGAUGAAGAAGGGGAUAUGGUUACCAUGGGGGAUGAAGAUGAUUUGGAAAUGUUGGUCGCGAGUGCGAAGGAACAGGCAAAUAGAGAAGGAGCAGAGAUGGGCAAGAUGGAGGUUUGGGUGCAAGAGUUGUAA